AUGGCUAUAACGGCAUCAUCCCCCACCACUGUGGGGUCCCCCCCACGGGCACUGAGCCAGCCCCUGGGGCUCCUCAGUCUCCUGCAGCUCAUAUCCACCCGUGUGGCUUUCUGUGUGGCCACUUGGACAGGGUCCACAGGUAACCGGGCCAUGUCCACCUGGUGUUUCUGUUUUCCUGUGACCCUUACCAUCCUGAUCAUGAAAUUAGGUGGACUCCAGACCCCUCAGGUCAUGGCAGAACAUCCUCAGUACAUUCCCCAUGCCUGCUACAUGGCCCUCUUCUGCCUGUCCUUUUCCACCAUCUAUCCCACUGUCUAUGUGCAGUUCAUGCCUCAUGGAUGUUGCCGGGACCAAACCAUCGCUGCCAGCACCUUCUCCUGCUAUUGCCUGUUUCCACCGAAGUGGCCUGGUGAGAUCACUGGCUACAUGGCCACCAUGCCAGGGUUGCACAAAGUUUUUGAGGGCUUUGUAGCCUGUGUCAUCUUUGCCUUCAUCAGCGAAGGGUACCUGUACCAGCAAAAGCCUGCCCCGGAGUGGUGUGUGGCAGUCUGUGCCAUCUGCUUCGUGCUAGCUGAGGUGACCAUCUUCUUCACCCUGGGGGAUUGUUCCAACAGGUUGCCCGUCCCUUUCCCCACCUUCCCAUCAGGCCUUAUUGCCUUAUUGUCCGUCCCCUUUUACGCCACUGCCAUUGUGCUCUGGCUCCUGUGCCAAUCGGAUCAGAGGUACAAUGGCCGUCCCCAGCACGCAAUGGAUCCAAGCUGCAUGUCUACAAAUGCCCACUCAGUGUGCCACUGGGACCGCUGGCUGGCAGUGUCCAUGCUGACACGUGUCAGCCUGCUGGUAUACGUGUCUGAUCUGGUGUACUCCACCUGUCUGGUGUCCAUCAAGGUGCAAGAUUGA